AUGUGCUCCGCGGCGCUGGCCCUCCUGCCGCCCCUGUGGCUCUGCUGGGCGCUGGGGGCGCGCGGCUCCGAGCCCCUCAGCGUGAACGACCCCGGGAACAUGUCCUUCGUGAAGGAGACGGUGGACAAGCUGCUCAAGGGCUACGACAUCCGCCUGAGACCCGACUUCGGCGGGCCCCCGGUCUGCGUGGGGAUGAACAUCGACAUCGCCAGCAUCGACAUGGUGUCCGAAGUCAACAUGGACUACACGCUGACCAUGUACUUCCAGCAGUACUGGAGGGACAAGAGGCUCGCCUACUCCGGCAUCCCGCUCAACCUCACGCUGGACAACCGCGUGGCCGACCAGCUGUGGGUGCCCGACACCUACUUCCUCAACGACAAGAAGUCCUUCGUGCACGGCGUGACCGUGAAGAACCGCAUGAUCCGCCUGCACCCCGACGGCACCGUGCUGUACGGGCUCAGAAUCACCACGACCGCGGCGUGCAUGAUGGACCUGAGGCGGUACCCCCUGGACGAGCAGAACUGCACCCUGGAGAUUGAAAGCUACGGCUACACCACGGACGACAUUGAGUUCUACUGGCGCGGCGGCGACUUCGCCGUGACCGGCGUGGAGCGCAUCGAGCUGCCGCAGUUCUCCAUCGUGGAGCACCGGCUGGUCUCCCGGAACGUGGUCUUCGCCACGGGCGCCUACCCCCGGCUGUCCCUGAGCUUCCGGCUGAAGAGGAACAUCGGCUACUUCAUCCUGCAGACCUACAUGCCCUCCAUCCUCAUCACCAUCCUCUCGUGGGUAUCCUUCUGGAUCAACUACGACGCCUCCGCCGCCCGAGUGGCCCUGGGCAUCACCACCGUCCUCACCAUGACCACCAUCAACACGCACCUCCGCGAGACGCUGCCCAAGAUCCCCUACGUCAAAGCCAUCGACAUGUACCUCAUGGGCUGCUUCGUCUUCGUGUUCCUGGCCCUGCUGGAGUACGCCUUCGUCAACUACAUCUUCUUCGGCCGCGGCCCGCAGAGGCAGAAGAAGCUGGCCGAGCGGACGGCCAAGGCCAAGCACGACCGGGCGAGGAGCGAGGGCAACCGGGUGGACGCCCACGGCAACAUCCUGCUCUCGGCGCUGGAGGUGCACAACGAGAUGAACGAGGUGGCGGGCGGCCUUGGCGUCGGCGGGGACGCCCGGAACUCCGCGGCCGCCCUGUCCUUCGACAGCUCAGGGAUCCAGUACCGCAAGCAGAGCGCGCCCCGGGGCGCGGAGGGGCCCGGCCGGCACCUGGGGGACCGCGGCCUCCCCCACAAGAAGGCCCACCUGCGCCGCCGCUCCUCCCAGCUCAAGAUCAAGAUCCCCGACCUGACCGACGUGAACGCCAUCGACCGGUGGUCCCGCAUCGUCUUCCCCUUCACCUUCUCGCUCUUCAACCUGGUCUACUGGCUCUACUACGUCAACUGA